GUAAAGAUAAGAUCCUGGUCCGGCUGCAGAGCGAAGGUCUUCCAGCCCAGGACAGAAUCUUAAACCGCAGGGUUACAACUUUCAUUGAGAGAUGUUGCACCACACAGUUUUGGUGGUUUUGGUGGUGUGGAUGACAGUGGAUCAUGCAUCCUCUGCAGCUGCUCCUUCUCCACAAAUAGAAGACGAGGAGCUCAGCCACACAGAAGCCGCAAAUAUGGCCGAGAUGACGGAAAAGCUCACUAGCACAAACUUCGAACAGUUGGAUAAAUUAAGGAGCAGGUCCACAUAUGUUGCGAGGAGCUGUAAGGAGAUCAAUAACAGAUAUAAUGAACAAGAAGAUGGGUUGUACUACUUGACCACUGCUAAUGGCAUGGUCUACCAGACUUUCUGUGACAUGACCACCGCGGGCGGCGGCUGGACCCUGGUGGCGAGCGUCCAUGAGAACAGUGUUUAUGGGAGGUGCACGGUGGGCGAUCGCUGGUCGAGCCAGCAGGGCAACAACGCUGACCUGCCAGACGGAGACGGGAACUGGUCCAACAGGAACACGUUCGGAGCAGCAGAGGGCGCCACCUCGGACGACUUCAAGAAUCCAGGAUACUAUGAUAUCGUGGCACAAGACAUGUCUGUAUGGCACGUUCCCAACAACUUCCCACUGGAGCACUGGAACCUGGCAGCCAUCCUCCGCUACCACACUGACAACCGCUUCCUCCGCCUGUAUGGAGGGAACCUCUUUCAGCUCUUCAAGCAAUAUCCAGUGAGAUACAACGUUGGCUCAUGCAGCAACAGAGGGCCGUCUGUUCCUAUUGUGUAUGACCAUGGAGACAGAGAGUCCACCAGAAUGUUAUACGGACCCAGGUCAAGAGGGGAGUUUGAACCAGGUUUCAUCACAUUCAGAGCAAUAAACAACGAACGUGCAGCCAUGGCUAUCUGCUCCGGGGUCAAGCCCAGUGUUGCUGGCUGCAACACCGAACAUUACUGUAUAGGAGGAGGCGGAUAUUUCCACCCUGAGCAGUGUGGGGACUUCCCAUCCUUUGACUGGGACAGACUGGGAAUAGACCAAGGCUGGAGCGCUUCCAAAGAGAUGACUGAGGCCGCUGUUUUACUGUUCUACCGCUGAGACGGUUAUUUGCACACAUAGCUUAUGACUAUUGUUUCCGACGCGUCAACAAUCAUACUUGUAGCCAGCAUGUCUCGUUUUUGUGUCCAUGAAUUAUAAAUCCUAAUAUUACAGUCACUUGUAAUAUGAUGGUCCUGGGACAGAGGAUGUCGUAUGUGUACAGAUUGUAAAGCUCUCUGAAGCAAAUUUGUGAUUUUGGGCUGUACAAAAUAUAUUGAAUUAAAAUGAAAUUGAACUUGUAAUGACGCCGCACACCAGCAGAUAGAGCUGUUGAUCUGCAUAUUCAAAUAAAAAUAUUUAGCAUUUUUUGGAAGCUUUUUGAGUAGUGUCUUAAAGCCACCCUCUGUAGUAUAUAUUCUCUGCCCAUUGACCCGUAUUACACACAAGCGAUCAUUUUAGCUCAAAAAUCUCUCUCCCUGAGCCCUCCUACUGAAGAUUGUGACAUUACAUCUGACCUCCAUCACCCUGUGGUGGCCUUGCCUGGGUCCGGGACUUCGAUCUAUCCACUCCACCGAGUUCUGUCUGAUAUUGGGCAAGUGACCUGCACAUGAGAAGAGUGAGUAUGUUCAGCACUGUGUAGUCAGCUUUGUCCACGAUGGUAGACUGAUAUGUGGGGCUGCACGUACACUGACCUUUCAUCGAACAGCUGCUAAACACAAUGGAACCACAUCAAUAACUUUUUGAUGUCUUUGUAUAUUUCAUUUAUUAAUUUCAUUUAAUGAUUAUAGUUUCUCAAUAAAUUACUCAUUUAUUAAUUGAAAAUAAU